CGCGGAUGACCUGGCCCGUGCCUUUUUUCCGUGGAACCUGAGGGAACACUCACAGAUUUUGAUUUCCCACUCUAGAACCGGAAGAAUCUUCAAAAGAAAGAAAAUUAACAAAACACCCGGUGAACACAUCGUGGGAUAUUUACGCAGUUCCUAGAGGAAACUUAUCUCAGUGACCAAGAAAGUAUCUAGGUCACCAUGGCGACUGGACAGAAGUUGAUGAGAGCUAUUAGAGUUUUUGAAUUUGGUGGACCAGAAGUGCUGAAACUCCAGUCGAAUGUUGCCAUACCAAUUCCAAAAGACCAUCAGGUUCUAAUUAAAGUCCAAGCAUGUGGUGUAAACCCAGUGGACACAUAUAUUCGCUCUGGUACUUACAGUAGAAAACCACUUCUACCCUAUACUCCUGGCUUAGAUGUGGCUGGAAUAAUAGAAGCUGUCGGAGAGAGUGUAUCUGCUUUCAAGAAAGGUGACAGAGUUUUCACUACCAGCACAAUCUCUGGGGGCUACGCAGAGUAUGCUCUGGCAGCCGAUCACACUGUUUACACACUGCCAGAAAAACUGGACUUUAAACAAGGAGCUGCCAUCGGGAUCCCGUAUUUUACUGCUUAUCGAGCACUGCUUCACAGUGCCCGUGUGAAAGCUGGAGAAAGUGUUCUGGUUCAUGGGGCUAGUGGAGGGGUUGGAAUAGCAGCAUGCCAAAUUGCUAGAGCUUAUGGCUUAAAGGUUUUGGGCACAGCUGGUACUGAGGAAGGACAAAAGAUUGUUUUGCAAAAUGGAGCCCAUGAAGUGUUUAAUCACAAAGAAGCUAAUUAUAUUGAUAAAAUUAAGAAAUCUGUUGGUGAAAAAGGAGUUGAUGUGAUUAUUGAAAUGCUAGCUAAUGUAAAUCUUAGCAACGAUUUGAAUCUUUUGUCACGUGGAGGACGAGUAAUAGUUGUUGGCAGCAGGGGUCCUAUUGAAAUAAACCCACGGGACACCAUGGCAAAGGAAUCUAGCAUAAUAGGAGUUGCUCUCUAUUCAUCCACCAAGGAGGAAUUUCAGCAGUUUGCAGCAGCCCUUCAAGCUGGAAUGGAAAUUGGUUGGUUGAGACCAGUAAUAGGUCCCCAGUAUCCAUUGGAGAAGGUGGCUCAGGCUCAUGAAGAUAUCAUUCAUAGCAGUGGGGCUACUGGGAAAAUGAUUCUUCUCUUAAAUUGAUUAAUCCUUCCACAGAUUUCCUGCAUAAUUAAAGGUUUCUUACCUCAGUUUUACGUACACUAUAUGUGCUUUAAUUAGCAUUCAUUUGAUCCUGUGAGUUUCUUAUAUUAAAAAAAAGAUGUAUCUUUA